AUGAACAAAAAUACAGGUUGUCCACAACUUUAUCGCUAUAGAAUCAGUAGUCAUAUAUGCUUCUUUAAUCGUUGUCAAGGAAUACCAAGAUAUUGCUUUAUCUCAAUGAACAGGUCAUAUACCAUGCAGUCCACUGCUUUUGAGAACGCUCAGAUCGAAGCAUAUCUGAAUCAUACGAUGGCUUGUUCAGGUUCAUUUGCAAUUGAGUCUCAUGGACCGCCUGUUCUCUCGUGGCCAAAUGUAAAAGAAGAACCCGACCUGCUUAAUUUCCAUGCCGAAACCUUGGCCUCCACAAGUCUAAUCAACGGGGGGGAACAGGAUAACUCGUGUACCCGCGCAGCUGUCCCACUUGCUCAAAUACUCGAGCACUUUCCUGAUCUUUACGACUUUCUCUUCCAUCCUUAUUUUCCUACCUUUGCUCGUCUCUGGCUGGACUUCCAAUACCAGACUGUACUUGCCAAAGAAGCAAAAUAUCGCCCAAUUGUCAUUAGGUGGUUGGAGCUAGUGGUUGUUCACCUCAGCAAGAUCCCAAGAUCCACAUUUAUCCCGCCCAUCACCACCAAGGCUAAUCAGAAUCUAGCAGAAUCUCAAGGGCACCACAUGCUUUUGGCCUUUUUCAGCAUCAAGGAACGUAUCGAAGCUAUGCAUCAACUACUCCAGAGUGUCGAAAAUGAACGUAUUGUUAUUGAGUCAAAUUCUCUCAAUGCACUUUCAAAUAAACAGCUUAAUACUCAGUCCCACUUAGCAACAGAUCCAACAACUCAACAAAACUUGUCUCAGCUCGGACCAGGUCUCUUGAGUUGCAACCAAGGUCCGGUGGUACCUUGUGUCUCGGGAUCUUCCCAGAUUCCAUUGCAGCAAACUAUAGUGAUGGCCAAUGCUCAAGUCAAGAGCACCAGUGCUCCGCCCAUGACCGACAAUAUCGUUUUUUUCUCGCCAGGUCUCUUUCAGCCUCAGAUUUGUUCCAACAAUAUUUACUGGCCAGAGACCUGUCAGACAACGUCUACUAACCAAUUGUCGGAUGUCACUUUUAAUUCAAUGGGCACAAUACAGGCUCUGAUGGAUUCUCAUUCACCCUUAAAUUACCAGUACAAUGUCAACGAAAGCCCUUUUGUUGAAUCUCCUGAGACAACUUGUUCGGAAGACUCUUCUUCUGCUCCCAAACAAGGACCUCAUUCACACCCUCAUUUACAAAAUACCCCUCUUUCUUCUGAAGCUACUGUUGCCCCAAUGAAGACCUAUAUUCAACCAUCUGGGAUCUGGUCACUUCCCCAGACUCCUUCAGUUUAUCCAAGUGAAGCUUCAGCAUUCUGGUCCUGUCCUACAACCCCUGGCAACAUUUGGUGUCAUCAAGAGGGAGAAACUGCAGCCAUAUCUGAAGGCGACCAAGACUUAGAUGAAAACGAUGAUAUCCAUGAAGACGAUGGCAAAGAAAGUGACUAUGAUGACGGUAGUGAUGAUGUCGACGAUCCUGACUAUAUUGAUGACGAUACAGACCGAGAGAUGUCUAUGAAAAAGCGUUCAAUCUGUAACAAAAUGAAUGAAAAGUCUAUAUCUAUUCAAGACAUUUCCAACUCUUCCUCAUCUUCUUCCUCUUCGGCACAUUUUCCCGUGCCCCCUUCAGGUGGAAUAGCAUCCAAGAAAGCGAGAAUUUCUAAAAUUAAUAAUGCCGAAAAAUGUCUUUCGACCACACGCCGAACAGCCACUUCUUAUGAUGUUACUACUACUCAUUAUCUCAAGUCGGUCUUCUUUAGUAUUUACAGCAAGCGCGAAAAAUUAACAAAGGACCAGCGGCGACAGGUUCAAGAACAAACAGGCCUCAAACCACGUAAUAUCACUUACUGGUUUUCGAAUCACAAACGUCGAUUCCAGACUUCGCUUAAAGUCUUCAAACAAACCGUACGUAUGAGCGGUGGUAGGGUUAAAACUUAUGAUGACUUCCUACGCUGGCGUAAGAUACACGGUUUAGGACCAGAAGUUAACGAUAACGAACAACUCGAAGAUUAA